UUGAAAACAUCCCAAAACAACUUGUGAAAGGUGUACCUGUCAAACUGCUCAUCACAACCAGAGAUUCCAAAGGAAAACAAAUCAUUCCCCAUCAAGAUGUCUGGGUGAAAACAAAGACCCCUGGUGCAUCCUGGGAAAACAUUGACAUUACAUACAAUAACAAUGGGACAUAUCAUGUGAUGAUAACAGGAAAGACGGAAGGAAAACAGCAAGUUGCCAUGACGAUUGGUAACCAACAUAUACCAGGAUCACCAUUCCAUAUUCCUGUUAUCAUAGGAUUAGUACAGACAGUGGGAAACGCAGGAAGUGAAGGACAGUUCAGCAAUCCUUGGGGAAUAACCAUAAAUAAACAUGGUGACUUUGUCACAGCUGAUAGAGGGAACAAUAGAGUGACUAUGCAUGACAGAGAUGGAAAUUACAAACAAUCAUUUACAUUCACUGGUCAGUUUGCAGAGACAUUCAGACCAUGUGAUGUAGCAAUAUCAGAUGAUAAUGAAUACUUUAUGACAGAUGACAAUAACAAACAAGUAGUUGUGAGUGAUGAAUAUGGAAAGUUGAUUAGAAAGUUGAUUAGAAAGUUUGGAAGCUCUGAAAUUGAUGAUCCAUGUGGAAUUGCAAUUAAUCCUGUUACUAAGAAUGUGUAUGUGAGUGAGUAUAGUAAGGAUUGUAUUAGAAAGUAUACCCAGGGUGGUGUGUUUAUUAAGUCAUUUGGGAAAAGUGGAGAUAGGCAAGGAGAGUUUGAUACACCUUACUUGUUAGCUAUUAACAGUAAAGGGAUGGUAUAUGUGUCAGGUUGGUACAACCACCGUAUUCAGGUAUUAAAUUCUGAUGACCAGUUUAUGUUUGAAUUCUUUUCCACUGGUGUCAGUAGAAUGAGUUAUCCCACAGGAGUGGCUGUAGAUAAGAAUGAUUAUGUAUAUGUAAGCAGUGAACAUAAAGUCACUAAGCAUGACAGCAAUGGUCAGUUUAUUUUCAGGAUUGAUAGUGACAAGGAUGGACUGAGUCGGCCCCGUGGUGUAGCAGUGUGUAAUGAUGGUAGAAUAGCUGUAGUGGAUUGUGACAAUAAAUGCAUCAAAGUGUUUGUAGAGUGA